CGGUUCAUAUAUGGUCCUCGCUCGCCCUCUAGGUGGUGAAUAUUUCACCGGUAGUGCUAUUGACGAGCGGACUCAUAACAUACCACCAUGUAUCUUCUCCAACUGAUCAUUGCCCUUGUACUUAAUUUCUCGGGACAUGUUCUCGGCCAGGAAGUGGCAGAGACGCUAUGGGCGGUAUUUAGUUUUAACGUUCACGGGGAUAGUACUCCCUAUCUUCUCGCAUCACCCAGAACGUUAACUCCAAUAGGAGCGCAGAACCUGUACGAUGUUGGAUCAGCCUUUCGUGACCGCUAUGUUAUGGGAGCUGCGUUAAAUUUUGAUGAAACACCACUAUCACAGUCCUGGGUCCAGGGUCUCGCUCAGCACCGACUAGACUCUGAAGAGGUUAGGGUAUAUUCUACAUCGGACCAGUACACUGAAGCAUCGGCUCUUGCUUUUAUGCAAGGCUUCUAUCCUCCAAUUUCUGGCCCAAACGAUACCUUCCACUACAUGGAUGAAGCAUACCUGCUGGCCAAUGGUUCGAGUGUCGCUUCGCCUUUGAAUGACUAUCAGUAUCCACGAAUGUAUGCGGCUGGCUUGACAGAUGCCAACUCGAUAUAUGUGGCAGGUCAAAUGGGUUGUGACAUGCAUCAGAAAUCGACAUUCCAAUAUUUAAACAGUCCUCAAUUUCGAGAGAUUGAGUCUGAGAAUGCGGAUUUCUACUCUCAUUUGUACGAUGUUGCCUUGGAAGGGCUGAUGGAUGAAUCCUCUGUAGGCUAUGCAAGAGCCAAAGAUAUUUUCGAAUACCUGGAUUAUGAAUAUCUGCACAAUUCCAGUCUAGGCGUAUCCUCCUCCGACUUACAAAGAGCGCGCGCCUUGGCAAGUCAGUAUUCAUUUGACACGAACGGAAAUCUGUCUGCAUCAGGGAUGUAUGAAGGUGAUAUGAUUCAAGCUAUCUCCGGUCGCACUUUGUCUCGUCUCAUUCUUCAAUCCUUUGAAGAUAAUAUCGAGACACAAGGAUCUUCCUCAAAGAUAACCUUGGUUUUUGGUGGAACGGAGCCCAUUACCGCAUUUGCUGCUCUAACGCAGCUCGCAUCUUCAAUGAAUGGCGAUUUCUAUGGUCUUCCCGUCACCGGCGCAUCGCUAGUUCUGGAGAUGUUUAGCAUCAAUUCUACAUCAGACUCCUCAUAUCCGCAGAUAUCUGACCUCUUUGUGCGAUUCCUUUUCCACAAUGGCACUUCGGGAGACGAAGCGUUUACGCAGUAUCCGCUUUUCGGCCAUGGACCAAGCAGCAUUGAUAUGCCCUUUACUGAUUUUGUCGAGGGUCUCGGCGACGUUCUUAUUCCCUCUACCCAUAAUUGGUGCACUACCUGUAAUAGCUCAUCGGUCUAUUGUCUCGGUGCCGUUUCUCCAGAUAUGGAGCCUACGAAGGGAGGCUUAACUCUGGCCGGGGCUGGCGCUAUUGGAGCAGCCGUUACCAUUGCAGUUCUGUCAAUUAUCGCCGGAAUCGCUUGGCUUUGUGGCAUUGAAUUGCAUCGCCGGCAGAAAUCGACAAGCACCGGCGGCUUCAAAGGUGGCUCUAAGAUGGUAGGUGAUCAAGAUGUCGAUUUCACAAACCCAUCGAGUGGGGUUUUCAGAGCUGGUAUAUUGGGAUUCAACAAAAAUGGGGCCCAAACCCACGAGCGCAGUGGAAGCUGGGAAAUGAAGAAUAAAAGCGAGCGUAUUGAUGAUGAUGGGAUGAAGCUGGACGACGAGGACGACACUGUCGAGGCGAUGGCCGGUGCAGAGCCAGUACAGAUCCACGAAACUGUGUGA